AUGUGUGAGUAUAAAUUUACCUGUCACCGUUUUGCUCAAUCUGCAUUAGGUUUUCCAUUUGGUGACCGAGAGCGCACGCUCUGGGCGGCAAGAUUCGUCACCUUACUCUUCUGUCUUGAUGAGGACUUGGAUAGAAACCAAAAACUACACUUAUUACCGAUUUUGAAAGGUCUACCUGACCCAAAUGAUCGUGCAGAACUUGCUAUUGCUGAAGCUUGGGGCAACAUUAAAAGAACAAGUGACCCAAACACAUUCCAGCAACUUGUCAGGCUUACAGUUGACUACUUUAACGCCCACGGAAACAUUCAUUACGAAAAUUACGAUCAAUAUGUUGCGACAAGAAGAAGAAAUGUUGGUGCCUACUUUAUGUGGGGCUAUGGAAGAUACACGCUUGGUAUUAAUCUCAGUGACGCUCAACUUGAACAUCCAUUGAUUAAAGAGUUAGAAGAUGUUGCUGGACUACAUAUAGCCUUUGUCAAUGACUACAUGAGCUACACUAAAGAGUAUCUCACUGAUACAGCCAGCAAUAACAUCUUGACACUCCUUCAAGUUAAUGACAAAUUUACGAAAGAAGAGGCUAUCAAGAAGAUUGUAAAUGACAUCGACCGAUGUGAGGUCAGAUAUGUUGAAAUUGCCAAGAAGGUGUUCGAAGACGGUGAGCUUUCAAAGUCUGAGGAUGCUACCAAAUUCACUCUCAAUGUACCAUAUGCAUUAAGUGGAAAUGCGUGGUGGUCUCAAGUGACACGACGGUACGACGUUGAUCCUAAUAAUCCGAUUCCGUUCAGAAAGAUCAAUAUUGACAGAAAUCAGGGAUACCAUCCAUUUGCUGUCAAGUUUGUCACCCAGCCAACUCCUAAUAAACUCGAAGAAGUCAAGACAGACGCUGUCAACACAGCUCUGGCAAUUCCAGUGUAA